CCGGGCCAGCCCCGCCCCGGGCAGGGCGGGACCGGAGUCACGCGCGCCAUGGCGGUGCUGGGCUACUGGGACAUCCGCGGGCUGGCCCACGCCAUCCGCCUGCUGCUGGAGCACACCGAGACGCCCUACGAGGACAAGCUCUACAGCUGUGGGGAAGCUCCCGACUACGACAAGAGCCAGUGGAUCAACGAGAAGGAGAAGCUGGGGCUGGACUUCCCCAACCUCCCCUACUUCAUCGAUGGCCCCACCAAGCUGACCCAGAGCAACGCCAUCCUGCGCUACAUCGCCCGCAAGCACAACCUGUGUGGUGAGACAGAGGAGGAGAUCCAGCGUGUGGACAUGCUGGAGAACCAGAUCAUGGAUUUCCGCAUGAGCCUUGUCAUGGUCUGCUACAACCCUGACUUUGAGAAGCUCAAGCCAGGCUACCUGGAGCAGCUCCCGGGGAAGCUGAAGCUCUUCUCCAACUUCCUGGGGGACAGAAAGUGGUUUGCAGGGGAGAAGCUGACCUUCGUGGACUUCCUCAUGUUCGACGUGCUGGACCAGAACCGCAUCUUUGAGCCCAAGUGCCUGGAGCCCUUCAAGAACCUCAAGGACUUCAUGGACCGCUUUGGGGCUCUGGAGAAGGUGGCUGCCUACAUGAAGUCCAGCCGUUUCCAGAAGAUGCCCAUCAACAACAAGAUGGCCAAGUGGGGCAACAAGAAGCUGUAGGAGCUCAGCAUAGGGCUUGGAGGGUGGGGGCAGCCCUAACCCAGCCCCUGCAGCAUCCUCCUUCCUUGGGGGGGGGACAGCACCACUGGCAUGACGCCCCCCAAGACAAUAAAGUGCUUUGUAGAUGUGGCACCCUGA